AUGUUAGAAGCUAAACUCAACAGUGCAGUAGUCCUUCGUCGCAUCUUCGAUUGUAUUAGGGAAAUUAUUUCAGACGGAAAUAUUGAUGUGGACUCUGGAGGAAUUUCAUUGCAGGCAUUGGAUGGGAAUCACGUUGCAUUGGUACAUCUGAGGCUUGUUGAAAAUGGUUUUGCACAUUUUCGUUGCGAUCGUCCCCGAGCUUUGGGUGUAAACAUAGCAUCCAUGACUAAGGCAUUCAAGUCUUGUGGUAAUCACGAUUCUGUGCUUAUCCAAAAUGAAGAUGACAAAGAUCUAAUCACAUUCAUCUUUGAAAAUCAAGUUGAAGGUAGAGUUUCAACUUUUUCUCUAAAGCUCAUGUCCAUUGUGCAGGACGCGCUGAGUAUACCUGAAAAUGUCGAUGGAUUCGAUGCACAAGUGACCAUUAGUAGCAAGGAAUUCGCCAAUAUUUGCAAGCAAAUGAACGAAUUUUCUGAUACAGUAAAAAUUGAAAUAGACCGUAACGGAAUAAAAUUUUCUACACAGGGUGAUGUAGGUUAUGGCGAAGUUUUGCUUAGACCUCGAGAUCCCAUAUCAGAUGCAGACAUGGGUGUAAAAAUUAAGGCAAAUUCUCCCAUUAAACAAUCGUAUGCCACUAAAUAUUUGAAUAUUUUUGCAAAGAGUGGCUGCUUAAGCGAUGCAAUUUCGUUUGGGUUGAGCAAAAACAGACCCAUUGAGAUUAGGUAUGAGAUUAGGGAUGGCACUGGUAUUGAUGAAGGGAAAUCUUUCGGUAGUGUAUUGGGGGAACUAAAGUUUUAUUUGGCACCGAAGGUCGAUGAUGAUGCGGAAGAGUAG